CCAGUUGCCCUAGUCUCCCACUCCCAGCCCUCUUCCGAAUCCCGAUCAGUCGAUCCCCUUCCCCGACUUGCUGCGGCGUAGCUCCUUCUCCAUUUUGCGGCCAAUCCUCCACCUCCAAGGCUCCAACCAGCUCUGUUGGUCUGCCCCCGUUGCCUUCAAAGGACCAACAAGCCGUGAAGGUGAAGCACUUCGGUAGUUCGAACGCUGAAGCCCCUCUGCCUCCUCCUUUCACCACCGCCCGACGCCCCCCGACCCCGCCGCGUUCCGCCUCCCUUCGCCCGCACGCUGCGCCGCUGGCCAUGAAGCCCGACUCCACAGACAGCACCACCGAAACCCCCCACACCCUUCAAACCCCCCUUCACCCCUGCCUCCCUCCAAAGCCCUCUCGCCCUCCAAACCCCUCCGGCCCUCCCUCUCCUCCGAACCCCUCACCCCUUCCCCUCCAAACCCCCACACCACACUACAAGACCCAUCUGGACCUCGACAACUUGACCCCUUGACUUGCUCCUCCCGGACCUUCCCCAACCCCCGACCCCGACUUGCUGCGGCGCUGACCUCUGACCCCGACUUGCUGGUGAGUUCCUUCUUCUUUCCUCAACGUCCAUCAUCUCUUUGCUCAUCACUCCUCAGCUCCUCUAUUGUUUUGAGUUUUUCCAUCAUUUCUCUUUCUUUUAUUUAUUGUUUCUGUUAUUAUUGUUAUUAUUAUUUCUUUAUCAAAACAUGUUUGGGAGGAGGGCUGAAUGUUAAGCUUUCAAGUGUUUAAAUUAAUUGGCGUCUAAAUUUGAUUGGUUUUGUUUUAUCCUUGACUAGGUUUUGUAUGGCAAGCUUAUGUACUAAAUAUGUAAUUUGAUUGGUUGUUUAUAUUUUUCAAGAAAUGUCAAAUGGCCAACCUGAAUUUGAUCAACAUGCCUCUACAGCUUAUAGUAAAAAUGAACUUAUUGAAUUGGAAAAUAUUAUUCAUAAAGAUGAUGCAAUGGAUGAAAUGAAAGAUAUGGGUACAGAACAAUCUUAGGAUGACCCAAACAAGAGGAAAAGAUCUGAAGUGUGGACUAAAUUUGAUAUUGUAACAGUAGAUGGCAACACAAAGGCAAAAUACAAUUAUUGUAAUGCUAAAUCGGCAUGGAAGAGGGGGGGUGCCACAACUCAUCUUAAAAGACAUUUAAACGCUUGCAUGCCUCGAAAACUUUCUAAGUCUAGCAAAGACAAAGAGUUAAAACAAAGCUUAUUGUCGUUUGAGGUUACUCAAGGUCAUGCAAUGCUAGCAACUUACAAGUAUGAUAAAGACAAGAUAAGAGAAAUUCUUACAAAGAUGUUUAUAGUGCAUCAGUAUCCUUUUAGAAUAGUGGAACAUCAGUUCUUUGUUUUAUUCUGUAAGGCUCUUAAUCCAAAAUUUGAGCUAAUAAAGUGGGUUACUUUGAGGAAUGACUGCAUGAAAAUAUUUGCAAUUGAGAAGCAAAAGUUGAGGUCAAUGUUAAGAAAUGUUGAUAGAAUUAGCUUAACGACUGAUCUAUGGACUUCAAAUCAAACAAUAGGGUAUAUUUGCCUCACUGGACAUUUCUUAGAUUCUGAAUGGAAGUUGCAAAAGAGAAUUUUAAAUUUUUGUAGCUUGGCACCUCCCCACACCGGAAUUACUAUUGCUGAUUGUAUUCUUCAGUGUCUAACUGAAUGGGGGAUUGAAGAUAAAGUUUUCACUAUUAUGUUAGACAAUGCAUCUCGAAUGACACAGUAGUCAAGGUCUUGAGGGAAAAUUUUGCAAUCAAAGGAAAGCUUUACUUCAAUGAAAAAAUAUUUCAUGUUCGCUAUUGUGCACAUGUUUUGAACCUAAUGAUACAAGAUGGUUUAGCAGAAAUACGGGAUAUAAUUGAGAAUAUCCGCGAAAGUGUGGAAUAUCUGAAGAUGUCUCCUUCACAACUUCACAAGUUUAAUGAAAUUGUUAAACAAUUGAAAUUGUCAACCUCUAAAAUUCUUCAACUUGAUGUGUCUACUUGAUGGAACUCAACAUAUGAAAUGCUAGAGUCAGCACUGGAGUUCAAACCGAUGUUUCCAGUGUACAAGGAAAGAGACUCUAACUAUAAAUGGUUGCCAUCCGAGGAGGACUGGAUACGAGCUACAGAAGUUUCAAAAUUUUUAGAAGUUUUUAAUGAAGCCACAGAAGUGUUCUCAGGACGUCAAUAUCCAAUUUCAAAUUUAUUCCUUAAAGAAAUUUGGAGAGUGAAGAAGAAAUUAAAUGAUAUGUCCUUCGAUACUAGAGAUUUUGUCAUGCGCAUGGCUCGAAGAAUGUAUGAAAAAAUUGAGAAGUAUUGGGGAGACUGUAACUUACUAAUGGCAAUUGGAGGUAGAGUGCUUGAUCAAUAUCGUAGCUCUUUGAAGCCUGAGACUGUACAAGCUUUGAUUUGUACUGGAGAAUGGUUGCGUCAUGAGCUUGGAUUGGUGCAGUCAUCAAAUGUUGAUGAAGAGUUUAUGCGAUGGAACAAAGAGUCUACAAAAACUGGUUUGAUUGUCAUUGCCUUUGUGCAAGGUGUCAUAAAACUUCUACGUUGCACAAGUGCAUGUGCGUCAUAUUCUUGCUCAGAAUGCACUCCGAAAAGUAUGCAGCUGCAAACUGUAAGUUUACAAUUUUGUCCUGCAGGUGCUAGUUGUGGCUAAUCCUGCAAAUACGAAUGCUCUGAUUUUGAAAGAGUUUGCUCCAUCCAUCCCUGAAAAAAAUAUAACUUGCUUGACACGACUACAUCACAACAGGGCACUGGGCCAGAUUGCUGAGAGAUUAAACAUUCAAGUCAGUGAUGUUAAGAAUGUAAUCAUUUGGGGAAAUCAUUCUUCCACUCAGUACCCUAAUGUAAACCAUGCAACUGUAAAAACACCAGGUGGUGAAAAGCCUGCCCGUGAACUUGUUGCCGCUGAUGAUUGGUAAGUGUGCACAGAGACAUACUUUUAUGCUUA